AUAUGGAAGCGUGACUGGACGGAACAGGGGCAGUUACUGAAAGUUAGAAUCAAUACAGAGCUGUCGGUUUACCAAGCUGCAGCGGGGUUACAAAUCAAGAGUCUUUCAUCUGUUGAUUUGAAUGGGAAGUCAUCAAAGAGGUUGUUGCAUGGAACUUUGGCAUUGUUGAUAGAAGCUGCUGAAGCAUGUUUAUUCUGUGUCUGGCAAAAGUUGAGAAUUUGUGAUGAGCUCUUCAGCUCAUUGCUUGUUGGGAUUUCCUAAAUUGCUCUCACUCGAUGUGGUCAGCUGCUGCAUGUCUUGCUCAUUCGCUUCAAACCCCUUGUGAUAAGUACUGUGCUCGGGUACAUUAUUUGUUUGCUUCGGGCUAUCUCCUACAGCUGGGGCGUAUCUUGGCAGAGACUUGGGGCAGAUUUUCUAGGACCUCUACUUCUUGCUGUGGCUGAAAUAUGUUCAGAUUUUGAUCCUACUGUA